AACUGAGCAGAUGUUUGUUCUCCCAGGAUGUUUCUUGUCCUGGAGAAUCACAGCAUUACUGGAUCACUGAAGUCUCAGUUGUGACCGGAGGCCAAACUGGAGUUAUUCUGUAGCUGGGCUGUAGGCAAGAGAACUAGGCUAACCAAAUGAUUUUUCCCUAGAAUUACGUAGCACUGCUCCCAACACCAUUCUUCCCCAGCUCUGGAACUCAGUCCCUGAUCCCCCUUUUCUGGCCAGGCCUCCUCAGGAAGGCCGUAGCCCUGGGAACCUGUGACCUCAGAGAAGGGCCUGCUCUUGGGGGAGGGGUGUUUGGUUGUUGCCAGGCACCGGGGUUCUGACCUCUGGCAGUAGCCACAGAUAUGCUGCAAGUAUUGUCCCUACUGUUCUUGCUGGUCCUGAUGGCAAAGUCUGCUCCUACCCUUGCCUGGUCACGGCCCCUCUGGUACCAGGUGAAGCUGGACUUACAGCCCUGGGGAUGCGAGCCAAACAGCCUGGAGGCCUGUGGAAGCACCCUAGGCUGUCCUGGCUAUUGGAUAGGCCUGGAAGGGAACCGAAUCUACCCCAUGGCUGGGGUCAUGAUCACCACUACCAUGAUGCUAGUGAUGGGUCGUCUGAUGCUGCACAAGUGGCGUUCAAAGCACCCACAGGUGACCACCAGUCCCUCUGGACCCUGGAAACGGCGAAUUCUGAUCUCAGGCCACACUCCGCUCCUCAGGGUCCUUCACAUGCUGGAUGCCCUCCUGCUCUACAUAGAGGGCCAUCUGCAGUGCCUAGCCACCCAGAAGUGCAAAUAAAGGAGACUCUCACCCCAUCCGGGUGACCUAACACACAUUUCUCUUUGUCUGAUGGCCAGGUGCAGGGAGUAGGGUGCCCUGAGACCCUGUUCUUUCUGGGCCUGUCAGGGCCCUUUCCAUGCUUGGAGCUAGUGGGCCCUUUGAGGACUUGGUGCCUGGCAUUGGUGGGCAGUGGGCCUGGGCCUGCCCCUCAUCCUACCAAUUGCCCUUCCUUCCCCAAGGAUCCCACCUGGACACACAGCCCCUUCUCUACCCCACCCAGGAGCUGGGGACCUUACCUGAGGGGGAGAAGACUGGGCCAUAAGGGCAGGAAUGGGAAUCCAGCCAGGGCCACCAGAGGAGGUGACAACAUGGUGAAUUCUGUGGUGGACUGUGGGUACACUGAGGGAGAGCACAGGCUGAGCCAAGGCCAUGAACUGUAUUUGGUCCUCUUUCAUGUUGCCAAGGGAGGCAGGGGUCAUCUGUGAAGACCCUCAUGUGCCCGUUGAGGGUUUUGGCCUCUCGUGUACAUGUGGCAUGCCAAGCAAAGGCCUGGUCCGGAGAGGAGCAGCGGGAAGUGAUGAGGCUAGGAGCAGAGCCCAAAGAUUCUUGAUAGGGACCGAGAACCCUGGGCCCCCGUCCCUGUAAGGUGACACCCACUCUGUUUCCCCCACCUUGCCACCACCUCGCCACCACCUCAGAGGCUGAUGGGGAGCUGUCCUCAUGUUAGUUCUGCCACCCAAACCAGCUGGCUCUGCUUUCCUUCUGCCCCAUCUUUGCCAGGCCCUCCCCGAAGAGGGUCAUGCUCUGAGUCCCCAGAUCCUUAACUCCUUCCCAGAACCCCACUUCCCUUUCAGCUUAGGCCCAACAGUCCCCGCAUGGAGCCAGCUUCAGACAUGCCCAGAUGCCUGAACGGCCCUUAUUCUGUGAGCCUGGAAGAGAGGGGACCUCCCCAAAGGGGCCCUCACCUCUUUCCUCCUUUCUUCCCUUCCACCACAGGUGACCCAAGUUGAGUUAGGCCCGAAGUGCAUGCGUCUUUAGGACACCUGUUUUAGAACACAACGUUACAAAUUAAAAAAUAGAAACAGAGGUGGAUUAAAAUACAAUGAGAAUAGAGCUGGACCGUGUAGCUCAGUAGUAAGCAGGUGCUUAGCAUGUGUAAGGCCUUGAGUUCUCUCCCCAGCAUGCAAAAAGAAAAGGUAAAAUAACAAAAGCUGGGUCCGUGGCACACACCUGAAAUCCCAGCCACUCAGGAAGCUGAACCAGGAGGAUUACAAGUUCAUGGCCACCCCGGGCAGCUUAGCAAGGCUCCAUUUGUCUCAAAACAAACCAAAUACAAGAAAAGCCUGGGGAUGUAGCUCAAUGAAGAUGUCCCCUGGGUUCAAUGCCCAGUGUGGUACUGGGGAAAAAAAAGAUAGGGGGAAUCAUAUCAAAAGGGAUGUAAGUUGACAAAUAUGACAAUAGUAAAUCCAGAAAAGUAACGUUUGUGUGAUGUGCUGACACAUUCCUGUAAUCCCCCCCACACACACACACAUUUUCUGGCUUCUUACUCUUAUGAUCCAUACAGAAAAUAGAGAUUUUAGCCAGGCAUGGUGGCACAGCCCUGUAAUCCCAGCACAUGGGAG